AUGUUGCUCUUCAGUAUGGUCAACAUCAAACAUGAGUCAAGGCCCUAUUCUUCUGCCCGCCUUUCCUGGCGGCGGCUGGCUGCACGGCGGCAGUGGACGAGUCGGCAGAAGGCAAGAGGCGGGAGGAGCCAUGAAGAGGAGGCAGGGGCAGGAAGAGAUGAACAGGAGGAGAACAAGAGUACAGUGGAGGCCAGUCCACAUGAAACCUUCCACAAGAAAGCCAACCCUGAGACCCCAGGACGUCCAUCCAUUUUUGACGCGGGGACGUCAAGCUUUCCGCGGCAAAACCAACGAAACCCAAGAAACCCAGGGCACCCUGGAGGCAAGCAGGGUGUUUCUAGGCAUGGUCCCCCACUGUAG